AUGGGGCUAAUUCGAGAUCGCAUAUCACUGGCCAACUCCUUGCAGAUCGUACCUGAGGACACCCCCGUGCAAGAUGCGUUUCUCGUAGCGGACGACAUUCUCAGGCAGGGCGUGGUGGGAAUUUCGGAGAUCAUCAUCAAGCCCGGAUUGGUCAACGUUGAUUUCGCCGAUGUCAGGUCUGUGAUGAACAAGGCCGGGACUGCCUUGAUGGGACUCGGAAAGGCCAAGGGAAAGAACAGGGCUGCCGAGGCUGCAAGAGCAGCGAUCGAAUCCCCGCUGCUCGACUUCCCAGUGACCGACGCAAAGGGAAUCGUGUUUAACAUCAUUGGAGACGCGGGUCUCACCCUGGCAGAGGUGGUGCUGCCAGCGAGCUACGUCAAGGAGCAGCUGGUGUACAGCCAGAUCAAGCCGGAAGACACGCCACCGCCGUUGCCGUCUCUCGGCACCGCCCAGGGAAGCAGAGACCCGUUCCAGAGAGAUCAGCGACCGGCGAAGAAGAAGCGGGGUAUCCUGGGAUUCCUUCGGCGUAUUCUGUUCGGAAAAAAGCAAUAAGAGUUGGCGUCGGGGGGUUGUUGAUUAUACAAUUCACGCAUCUGGAACAAUCGAAGCCCUUUAUUAGUUGGUGGGUCUAUGUCCCUUUUUAAUUUGGUAAGUCUUUGUCGUCUUGAAGAGUCUGUAGGAGUAGUAGUCGGAUGUGGAGAUCUCGUGUGUUGUACAUGCCGUCGUUGGUGGUGGUUGUGGCUGGUGGUCCACGAGGGGAAUGGUUUUCGGAUACCUGCGAGUGUUGUCUGUUCCGUUUUUCGUCAGCUUUGAGUGCUUCUGUCAAUCGCCAGAGAAAGUAGAGAGAAAGGCCACUCCCUGUUUCUUCUCGCCAGCCUGUGUCCCAAACUUGACGUACUUACCUCUCCUCCUUUGCUUCAAGCCAUUCUUGUGUGACGAAACCUUGCUCAGGGUUGCUCCCCUCUUCCCAGCAUUGUUACAAUCCUUGGAGUUGCUUCCUAAGGGCAAGGACUACCUACCGCAAGCAUGCUCUCUGGGACAACUCAAGCGAAAAUGUUUCAGUGAAUGAGGUGGUGUAUCCUCGACAAGCAGGUCAUUGUUUCUGUCCUUGAUACGAGGCGGUACCUAUUAGUCAGGGGGGACAAGGUCGGUGAGAGGUUUGACGAAGGAAGCCCAUACACCGUGGGAGGUAGUGGCAAGGAAAGUUUGGCGUUCUAGGCUGCUACGAUACGAUGAGUUUUUUUAUAUGGGACAGGGCCGCCGCGUGAGGGAGAGGAUGGAAUUGAGGGUGGCCGGGAGUUCGAGUUGUUGUUAUUGAUGUCUUUUGUCUCCUGUCUCUUGUGU